GCUGCAGUGCCGAGAUUGUGGCAUUGCACUCCAGCGUGGGUGGCAGAGCAAGACCCUGUUUCAAAAAAGAAUAAUAACGACCUUCUAAAAACAUGAGUAAUACAUGAACAGGAUUUAACAAUCGAAUGGCAAAGAAAGGUUUAUAUGAAAAGGAAUUUUCCUGCUUUAUCUUUUCCCAUUCCCAACCUCUUUCCCUGAGGUGACUAUACUUAACCAUAAUAAUAAUAAUCUCUUAAUGCCCCCAAUUUCUCUUUGAUACAAUUUGAUUCUUAAAAUUUCUUCCUGUUGCUUCACCUUAUUGCAAUGUCUUAGCAAUUCAUUAUAAGUACUUUUCUAAAAGUCAUGGUUAUUGUGUAAUGUAUAAAUGUUAUGAAACUAGCUUGGACAUUUUUGUCGUGAAUAAUUUCUAGCUAAUGUUCCUUAGCUGUAUUUAAUUUAAGCAUCUGUUUUUGGUGAAGUGGUUAGAAUUUCUAAUACUGUCUUUACCGGUCAACUUCAAGUGUAAUUAUGAUUUCACUUUAGGACAUGUGGGAUUUAGAAAGGAGCAUUGAAAAUUAUGAAAUUAUGAAUGUUUCUUUGGAUGUGAAUUCAUUGCAGCAAGCAUGAGCUGUGCCUAGAGAUCAGUGGUAUAACUUUGUUUUGCUUUGUUUCACAAUUUGGUUUAAUAAGAGCGAUUUCAUUUGCCUCAAAUGCUAUUUCUUCAUAAUGCUUGAAAGAAAUGUGUAAUGCUGAAGCUUUGAUUAUGUGUGUGUGUGGUUUUUUUCUCCUAUAGGCAAUUAUUUCCAGUCAGAGAAGGAAACCAUUGCUUGGCAUUCUCACCAUCUUUCUACCUACCAUGAUCAAGUGCUUGUCAGUUGAAGUACAAGCCAAAUUGCGUUCUGGUUUGGCCAUAAGCUCCUUGGGCCAAUGUGUUGAGGAACUCGCCCUCAACAGUAUUGAUGCUGAAGCAAAAUGUGUGGCUGUCAGGGUGAAUAUGGAAACCUUCCAAGUUCAAGUGAUAGACAAUGGAUUUGGGAUGGGGAGUGAUGAUGUAGAGAAAGUGGGAAAUCGUUAUUUCACCAGUAAAUGCCACUCGGUACAGGACUUGGAGAAUCCAAGGUUUUAUGGUUUCCGAGGAGAGGCCUUGGCAAAUAUUGCCGACAUGGCCAGCGCUGUGGAAAUUUCGUCCAAGAAAAACAGGACAAUGAAAACUUUUGUGAAACUGUUUCAGAGUGGAAAAGCCCUGAAAGCUUGUGAAGCUGAUGUGACUAGACCAAGCGGUGGGACCACUGUAACAGUGUAUAACCUAUUUUACCAGCUGCCUGUAAGGAGGAAAUGCAUGGACCCUAGACUGGAGUUUGAGAAGGUUAGGCAGAGGAUAGAAGCUGUCUCACUUAUGCACCCUUCCAUCUCUUUCUCUUUGAGAAAUGAUGUUUCUGGUUCCAUGGUUCUUCAACUCCCUAAAACCAAAGAUGUAUGUUCCCGAUUUUGUCAAAUUUAUGGAUUGGGAAAGUCCCAAAAGCUGAGAGAAAUCAGUUUUAAAUAUAAACAGUUUGAGCUUAGUGGCUAUAUCAGCUCUGAAGCACAUUACAAUAAGAAUAUGCAGUUUUUGUUUGUGAACAAAAGACUGGUUUUAAGGACAAAGCUACAUAAACUCAUUGACUUUUUAUUAAGGAAAGAGAGUAUUAUAUGCAAGCCAAAGAACGGUUCCACCAGUAGGCAAAUGAGUUCAAGUCUUCGGCACCGGUCUACCCCAGAACUCUAUGGCAUAUAUGUAAUCAAUGUGCAGUGCCAAUUCUGUGAGUAUGAUGUGUGCAUGGAGCCAGCCAAAACUCUGAUUGAGUUUCAGAACUGGGACACUCUCUUGUUUUGCAUUCAGGAAGGAGUGAAAAUGUUUUUAAAGCAAGAAAAAUUAUUUGUGGAAUUAUCAGGUGAGGAUAUUAAGGAAUUUAGUGAAGAUAAUGGUUUUAAUUUAUUUGAUGCUACUCUUCAGAAGCGUGUGACUUCCGAUGAGAGGAGUAACCAGGGCAGUUUCCAGGAAGCAUGUAAUAAUAUUUUAGAUUCCUAUGAGAUGUUUAAUUUGCAAUCAAAAUCUGUGAAAAGAAAAGCUACUGCAGAAAACAUAAGCACACAGAAUUCUAGGGAUUUAGAAGCUAUCAGAAAAAAUACAAAUGAUGCAUUUUUAUACAUUUAUGAAUCAGGUGGUCCAGGCCAUAGCAAAAUGACAGAGCCAUCUUUACAAAACAAAGACAGCUCUUGCUCAGAAUCCAAGAUGUUAGAACAAGAGACAAUUGUAGCAUCAGAAGCAGGAGAAAAUGAGAAACAUAAAAAAUCUUGCCUGGAACAUAGCUCUUUAGAAAACCCAUGUGGAACCAGUUCAGAAAUGUUUUUAAGCCCUUUUCAGACACCAUGUCACUUUGAAGAGAGUGGGGAGGAUCUAGAAAUAUGGAAAGAAAGUACUACUGUUAAUGACAUGGCUGCCAACGUCAUGAAAAAUAAUAGAAUUCAGAAUCAACCAGAGAGAUUUAAAGAUGCUACUGAAGUGGGAUGCCAGCCUCUGCCUUUUGCGACAACAUUAUUGGGAGUACAUAGUGCUCAGACAGAGAAGGAGAAAAAAAAAGAGCCUAGCAAUUGUGAAAGAGGAAAUGUUUUUAGUUACGGACGAGUUAAAUUAUGUUCCACUGGCUUUAUAACUCAUAUAGUACAAAAUGAGAAAACUAAAUCAAUUGAAACAGAACAUGCAUUUAAAAAUUAUGUUAGAUCUGGUCCCACACGUGCCCAAGAAACAUUUGGAAAUAGAACACGUCAUUCAGUUGAAACUCUAGACCUCAAAGAUUUAGCCGGCACUUUAAGUAGAGAAUCUGGUCAAUUGCCCAACAAAAAAAUUUGCAGAACAAAUAUAAGUUGUGGGCUAGAGAAUGAACCUACAGCAACUUAUGCAAAGUUUUCUACUUUUCAGCAAGAUAGCAAAAAAUCACAAACAGGUUGCAUAUUAUCUGAUACAUCCCCCUCUUUCCCCUGGUAUAGACACGUUUCAAAUGACAGUAGGAAAACAGAUAAAUUAAUUGGUUCCUCCAAACCAAUCGUCCGUAAGAAGCUAAGCUUGAGUUCACAGCUAGGAUCUUUAGAGAAGUUUAAGAGGCGAUAUGGGAAGGUUGAAAAUCCUCUGGAUACAGAAGUAGAGGAAAGUAACGGAGUCACUACCAAUCUCAGUCCUCAAGUUGAACCUGACAUUCUGCUGAAGAACAAGAACUGCUUAGACAACUCUGAUGUUUGUAAAAUCACUACUAUGAAGCAUAGUGAUUCAGAUAGUAGUUGCCAACCAGCAAGCCACAUCCUUGACUCAGAGAAGCUUCCAUUCUCCAAGGAUGAAGAUUGUUUAGAACAACAGAUGCCUAGUUUGAGAGAAAGCCCUAUGACCCUGAAGGAGUUAUCUCUCUCUAAUAGAAAACCUUUGGACCUUGAGAAGUCAUCUGAAUCACUAGCCUCUAAAUUAUCCAGACGGAAGGGUUCCGAAAGAGAAACUCAAACAAUGGAGAUGAUGAGUCGUUUUAAUGAACUUCCAAAUUCAGAUUCCAGUAGGAAAGAGAGCAAGUUGUGCAGUGUGUUAACACAAGAUUUUUGUAUGUUAUUUAAAAAUGAGCAUGAAAAAACAGAGAAUGGUGUCAUCCCAACAUCAGAUUCUGCCACACAGGAUAAUUCCUUUAAUAAAAAUAGUAAAACACAUUCUAACAGCAAUACAACAGAGAACUGUGUGAUAUCAGAAACUCCUUUGGUAUUGCCCUAUGAUAAUUCUAAAGUUACCAGUAAAGAUUCAGAUGUUCUUAUCAGAGCUUCAGAACAACACACAGGAAGUCCGGACUCUCCCAGUGGAAUGUUAAUGAAUCUGGUAGACGAUGCCACAGGUGACCAAAAUGGAAUUUAUUUUCAAAGUGAGGAAUCUAAAGCAAGAGCUUGUUCUGAAACUGAGGAGUCAAACACGUGUUGCUCGGAUUGGCAGCAGCAUUUCGAUGUAGCCCUGGGGAGAAUGGUUUAUGUCAACAAAAUGACUGGACUCAGCACAUUCAUUGCCCCAACUGAGGACAUUCAGGCUGCUUGUACUAAAGACCUGACAACUGUGGCUGUGGAUGUCGUACUUGAGAAUGGGUCUCAGUACAGGUGUCAUCCUUUUAGAAGCGACCUUGUUCUUCCUUUCCUUCCGAGAGCUCGAGCAGAGAGGACUGUGAUGAGACAGGAUAACAGAGAUACUGUGGAUGAUACCAUUAGUAGCGAAUCGCUUCAGUCUUUGUUCUCAGAAUGGGACAAUCCAGUAUUUGCCCGUUAUCCAGAGGUUCUCCAGCAAGUCGAUAGCAAGUUUAUUGCCUGCUUGAUGAGCACUAAGACUGAAGAGAAUGGCGAGGCAGGUGGAAACCUGCUUGUGCUGGUGGAUCAGCACGCUGCCCAUGAGCGUAUCCGUCUGGAGCAGCUUAUCAUUGAUUCCUAUGAGAAGCAACAGGCACAAGGCUCUGGUCGGAAAAAAUUACUGUCUUCUACUCUAAUUCCUCCACUAGAGAUAACAGUGACAGAGGAACAAAGGAGACUCUUAUGGUGUUACCACAAAAAUCUGGAAGAUCUGGGCCUUGAACUUGUAUUUCCAGACACUAGUGAUUCUCUGGUACUUGUGGGAAAAGUACCGCUCUGUUUUGUGGAAAGAGAAGCCAAUGAACUUCGGAGAGGAAGAUCUACUGUGACCAAGAGUAUCGUGGAGGAAUUUAUCCGAGAACAAGUGGAGCUGCUCCAGACCACAGGAGGCAUCCAAGGGACAUUGCCACUGACUGUCCAGAAGGUGUUGGCAUCCCAAGCCUGCCAUGGGGCCAUUAAGUUUAAUGAUGGCCUGAGCUUACAGGAAAGUUGCCGCCUUAUUGAAACUCUGUCCUCGUGCCAGCUGCCAUUCCAGUGUGCUCACGGGAGACCUUCUAUGCUGCCAUUAGCUGACAUAGACCACUUGGAGCAGGAAAAACAGAUUAAACCCAAUCUCGCUAAACUUCGCAAAAUGGCCCAGGCCUGGCGUCUCUUUGGAAAAGCAGAGUGUGAUACAACGCAGAGCCUGCAGCAAUCCAUGCCUCCCUGUGAGCCACCAUGAGAACAGAAUCACUGGUCUAAAGGAACAAAGGGAUUUUCACUGUAUGCCUCUGAGCAGAGAGCAGCAGCAGCAGGUACCAGCACGGCCCUGACUGAAUCAGCCCAGUGUCCCUGAGCAGCUUAGACAACAGGGCUCUUUGUAUCAGUCUUUCUUGAGCAGAUGAUUCCUCUAGUUGAGUAGCCAGAUGGAAUUCAAGCCUAAAGACAGUUCAUUCAUUUGCAUCCAUGGACACAGAAGGUUGCCAUAUAGUAUCUACCUUUUGCUACUUAUUUAAUGAUAAAAUUUAAUGAUCAUUUGA